AUGAAAGUCAACAAUGCUACCAUAAAUUUGAACAAUACAAUGACAAAGGAAAAUAAAAACAGACACAAAUUAAAUGUAAACUCGAGUGAUGCAAACGAAAAAAAGAAGAACGAAAAAGAAGCCGCACUAGUAAAUGUACAUCAUAAUAAUGAAGACAAGAAUAAUAACACAAAUAAUAAACAAGUGAACGCACACAAUAAAGAAACAGUAAAUAGCAAAGAUGUAAAUAAAAAUGGGGUAAUAAAAUAUAAAGAGAAAUCGAUAGAUACUAAUACGAUAGAAGAUAAAAUUGAAAAAAUAGAAGAUUCAUUGAGUAAAUUAGACGAAAUAGAAAAAAAAAUCGUUGAUGACAUAUAUGAUUGUGAAAAAUUUAUAGAAUUUUAUGAAAAAUCUAAAUCUCUCCUAGACUCUAAAGAUUUUAACAGCGAUGUAGGAAGAGAAGAAGAAAUAGAACAAAUUAGAAAAAUAUUGAAAAGGUGCUCAAAGAAUUUAGAUGGUGAAGGAAUAUUCCUAACGGGGCCUAGUGGUCAAGGAAAAACCUACAGCAUAUUUUAUAUCAUUAAAGAAAUAGAAAAAGAAAAGGAAAAAGAAAAAGAGGAAAAAAGGAAGAAAAAAGAAAACACAGUAACGGGGAAUUACAAAAACGUGGAUUCUUCCUACUUCUAUGUAUCAUGUUCUAAUAGCCAAAAGCCAUAUGAUAUAUUUGUUGAUAUAUUACAACAGAUAAUAAAGAAAGAUAAAAAGACAAUUCUGAAUAAUGUAAAACAAAAGUAUAAUUUAAAUGGCUUAGAGGAAGUGAAAAAGUUAUUCAUAUAUUAUACAAGUAAAUUAAAUAAUUUAAAAAUAAUAAUUGUCGAUGAACUAGAUUUUAUUGCAAUCAAAAAUGUGAGAAUGGAAUUAAAAACGAAAAAUGUGUCUAAAACUUAUAAUGAGGACGUAGUUAAAGCUCUAUUUGAAUGUGUUCAAAGUUCUAAGUGUAAAAUAAUCCUAGUAGGUAUUGCAAAUAGUUUGGAUUUAAUAAAAGAUUAUACGCACAUGAAAAUUAAUCAAAUUAUUUAUAAACCAUAUAACGAAAAGCAGUUUAUGAACAUUAUAAGAAAUAAAUUAAACACUUUGGAAGAUGAAUUUGUUAAUAAAAUUUUUAAAGGAGUAUCGUUGAAUAUACAUGUUAGGCAAAUAUCUAAUAGAAAUGGAGAUAUUAGAUCAUGUUUUGAUGCAAUUUUAAGGGUCUUCUUAGAUAAAAGAUCAGAUUUAGAAGAGAGAAAAAAAAAUUUAAUUAAAUUGAGAGAGGAAGUCAUGAUGAAUAAAAUUUUCAAUAGACAAGAGAAAAGGAAUUUAUUUCUUUUGCUGAAUGAUCCGGAGGAGGAUCAAUCAACGGACGUGAUGAACGAAAAUGAAGAUUCUUCCAGCGAAGAUGAUACCGACUUAGAAGUCCCUACAAAGAAAAGGAAACAAAAAGGCAUCCAAAAGGUGGAAGCAGAAGAAAAAGAAGAAGUAAACGAAGUAGACGGCGUACAAUCCCACGUACUGAAUGAGAACAGUCCAAAUUGCAGAACAACCAAAAGGGCGAAGCUAGAUAUGAAGAACAACACCCAUUAUAGAAGCCGUUGCAGUCAUGAUGAUGAAAAGGAAGAUGACAAUUUUUACCUUAACAAUAAUGUAACGCCUUUAUCAACCAUUCAAGAUUAUGAAAAAGAAAAUAAGUUCCAUAAAAAUGCAAAAGAUUUAAAAUUCACAGAUUUUAAAAAUGAAUUUUCCAUUGGAUAUGAUACACUAAAAAAAGAGAUUAUUAAAAUACAAAAUAAUAAUGAAACGUUAAGUGAUAUAUUGAUAAGAAAAAAUUUUAACGCAAAUGAUAAUGAAUCUUUUUAUAACUUUAAUGAGUAUACACCUAAACAGUGUUAUGAAAGUCCAUUUAAGGUAUUAUAUAAAAAUGAAAUAGACAGUGAAGAAAUACCACAUUUCAAAGAUAAGCAAGAUAUAUUAAAAAAUAUAAAUAUUGAAAAAUUAUUAUCAUUUGAUACUAUAAUUGAUAAUCAAAUAAAAAAUAUAGAAAAAAAAUACCAAGAUUAUUCUACUACUGCUAAUAGCAAUGCAGUAAUUAUUUCAGAUAUAAAAAAAAUUACCGACAAAAUCCCGUUAGAAGAACAUAAAGAUAUCCUAUUCAAAAUAAAGAGUCUACCCUUAAUUCAAAAAAUAUGUUUAUAUGCGUCAUGUAAUGUAGUAGUAAAUGAUUCACAUUUAAAUUCAGAUGAAGAAAAUGACAUCUCAGGAAAUAAUAAAUGUCAAAGUAAAAGCAAAAGUCAAAUUAUCGAAAUCACCUAUGCUGAUAUUCAAAAGGGAUUCAGAAAUUUAUGUAGCACCUUAUCCGAAACCUCCUAUAUAAAAGACAUAUUAGAAGGAAAUACCAUAGAUCAGGCCAUUGAACAUUUUGAAGAACUUGGUAUAUUAACAAAUUGUAAAAAAAAUCAAAAAUUCAAAGAAAAAAAAAGCGUUGUAAAAGUUCCAAAAGGGUUAACACCUAGAUUUGCUAAUAUAAAAAAUAAUAAAAAUUUCUCGUCUCAAAACAAAUUAAAUUCGAUAUAUCAAUUUAAUCUUCCAGUUUGUGUUAUUAAACAAACUUUAAAAGAAAUAUCCUCUAUUCUUUCAAGUUUUGACGGAAACUCUCAAUUUUAA